CGAAAAUAUAGUUAACGAAACCAGCCUGUUGUCAGUCUCGUAUGCGAGCAAGAUGGCGAAGUGUCUGUCAUAGGCGGACUUUGAGGUGAAGAAUUGACGUUCCAUAUGCUGCGUAGAAAUUGUCGUACAGUGGGAAAAUCAGAAGCAUGGAAUUGUUCCGUACUGAUACGCAUUUCAUUUUCGUGAAAGAGAGACACAGCCUGUGGUGUGACAAGUAUACGGGAGAAUUCUCCGCUAAAUCGGAUUGGGAGUGGGCCUCUCCGAAGGAUUUAGAAUGUCUUGGGAUAUUUUAUGGAAUCGUAGGGAAAAUAGAACAACCAUCCGUGUUGGAACCACGUUUAAUGUUGAUUAAAGAAGUUUCACCAGCUGGAGAAUUGUAUAGAGGUCAUGUUAUAUACAAGAUCAAAUCAAUUGCAUUUUUGCACUUUGGCAGUGAAAAUAAUGACAUUGGACUUUUGCCAUGCAAGAAGCAUCAGAAUUUGCCAAAGAAAAAAAGCCAAGGUGGUCUGUUUGAUGUGCCACAGAAGGCAGCCUUUGCCAAAACAUGGGGAACCAUUAAAAGUGCUACAAACACUAUAAAAAAUACCACACAACAGGCAGCUGCACUUGCAACAUCUCAAAUGAAAUCCACAGUGAGUAAAAGAAAUAUUGUCAAAGACAAGGAGAGAUUUGAGAAAAGAAUAUUGGAAGAAUUAAGUAAAAUUUUCACCGAAACCGACUCCUUUUAUUUCUGUCAAACUGGUGAUAUCACUAAUAGCCUGCAGAGACUUUGUGUCACUGAGUCUCAACAGAAUGAGGAAGGGCAAAAUAAACCGCUUUGGGAAAGAGUGGAUGAUAGGUUUUUUUGGAACAAGCACAUGUUGCAGGAUAUAAUUAAUUUAAAAACAGAUAAAGCAAAUAUAUGGAUAUUACCAAUUAUUCAAGGAUAUGUGCAAAUAGAGAAGUGCAAAGUAGAAGUAGGCAUUGAUGAACAACCACAUCAUGAAACUUUCAAUCUAGCAAUAAUAUCAAGAAGAAGUAGAUUUCGCGCGGGAACGAGAUAUAAGCGACGUGGUGUGGAUGACGAGGGAAAAUGUGCAAACUAUGUAGAAACGGAGCAAUUGGUUUGGUAUCAUGAUCACCAAGUAUCUUUCGUUCAAGUGCGAGGCAGUGUACCAGUAUACUGGUCUCAACCUGGCUAUAAAUAUAAACCUCCACCACAUAUAGACAGAGAUGAAGCAGAAACACAGGCUGCAUUCGAGAAACAUUUUACUGAAGAACUAAGUUUAUACGGUCCAAUUUGUAUCGUGAAUCUCGUAGAGCAAACUGGCAAGGAAAAAAUAAUUUGGGAGGCCUAUAGAAUGCAUUUUGAAAAUGUUUCUAUCCUGGUCAGUGCAUUAGCUACAGUAUUGACAGAUAUAGGGUACUGUUGGCACGAUAAGCAAGGCACAAUCUGCAUGCAGAAAGGAGUGUUUCGGGUGAAUUGCAUAGAUUGUUUAGAUAGAACGAACGUGGUGCAAACUGCUUUGGGUAAAGCUGUGAUGGAAAUGCAGUUUUCAAAGCUAGGACUAAUACCGCCGGAUGGAACGUUACCGACAAAUAUCCGACAAACGUUUCAAUUGCUUUGGGCAAAUAACGGCGACAUUAUCAGUAAACAAUAUGCUGGUACAAAUGCUCUCAAGAUAUUUUCAGCAACACUUUAUGGAUGACAUACGUCAAGCGGCGAUAGAUACUUUGCUAGGGAACUCUGUCGAUGUUAAUCAACUGAAUACCGAUUGGUCGCACUAUUUAGACAUCCUUGAUAAUUGCUGUCUUGAGCUAAUACCCGUGAAACCACCAAACAUAGAGCUUCAACUUGCCACCUAUCCUGAUAUUCUUUAUGCCAGUGCUAUGUAUGAUUUGGCAAGGUUCGUUCUUGGCUUUGGGUUGAAAAUUUUUCGAUAAAUAAAGUAUAUUAUUUUAAAAACUAUGAAUCAGUUGUUGCUUUAUCAACAAACAACGAUACAAAACGACACUCUGUACCAGAACUGUGAAUCUACAUGUUUACAAUCAGUUUGAAGUUGCGUUGCACGUGAUUUCUUUUCUUAUGUGCAUGAUGAUUGCUUAACUCAGUUUGAUUUUAACAAUUCUGAGAGAAACAAUUUAUCCUGAUCCCUUUACGACAGUGUCCUAUCUUCAUUUUUUGUUUCAUUUUCUUUUUUUUUCUACUUUUUGUACAUAGCUUCAAAGCAACAGUUUAGGAAACUCGUGUACUUUCAGAUACUAUUUAAAUCGCUUCAAGGAUGUCUAUAGACAGGGUACAAUCGAUUUGAUGUUAGGGAACUCCGUGAACGAAGAAGUAUUUCAAGAACGCACAGAGGAAGAAGAUAAUGCUGCUACAGCGAUUCACGUGAAGUUAUUGAUAGAGGACUGUAAGAAAUUGCUUAUACCUGACCCAGAAGUUAUUUUAGGCAGUUGGGGUCUUAUAGAUGCUGAUCCUGUGACUGGUGACUUAACAGAGACAGAAAUGGACACUAUUCUAAUAUUAACACGAGAUAGCUAUUACAUGGCUGAUUAUGACGAUCAAAUCGAUAAAGUCACAAAUUAUCAAAGAGUUUCGCUUGAAGACAUUGUACUGAUUGAAUUUGGUCAACCAGAGAGUUCGGUCUCCCUUUUUAAAAAUAAGCAUUUUUAUUGCAUUAGAAUAAACUAUAAGGUGGUCAACGAAUAUGGUUAUUUUCACAUGUUCCGCAGUACAAAUUUACGAUUUUUUAAUAACAUGGCUGUUGUUAUAAAGACCGAGGAAGAAAGCAUAGAGUCUUUAAAAUCAAUUUGCGAGGCUAUCUCUGUGGCGAUGGAGAUAGCCGGGUUACCAAAGAUUCCUAUAGCGAUGAAUGUUACGUUAGAUAGACGAAAGAGUAAAAUAGUGAAUAGUAAGGGAACCACGGGUCUACUGGACAUUUCAUCACUUCCAGAAUUAACCAGAAAUGUCUCAGAGACACAAUUGCUAGCUCUUAAAAGCGCAGGAACAAAAGCUUUAAACAACAUGUCUGAGCAAUUUAGUAAACUGAAUAAGUUAAGUCAUAGCUUUAGUGCUAGGAAGCCAAUUGACAUUGCAAGAAGCAUCGGCAGAAAAUCUGAGGAACCUUCGAAGCCUACUUUCACAGUUGGAAGUAGAGAUAUAUCAGGCAAUGUGCAAGGAAAAUGUGGUAGUGGCAGUAGUAGUAGCGACGAGGACGUUGGUAUCCCUCCUGUUCCUUUAGAAAAGCCAGAGAAUUUCAGUCACGAUAAGAACCUAAUGGAAGCUUAUACCCCAUCUAUUGGCAUUAUAAUGGGUGUCAAGAAUACAGACGUAAUAAAACCGCAUGAGAACAUCGAAGAACAAAAUUUAUCUAUACAACAGAAUUUCGAUAAGGAAACGUUACACGUGCCACAAUCCGGCUCUGGAACUAGUACUGUUAGCGCGUCUCCUCAAAAGACACCUGAAAUAACUAUACAAAACGUGACUGAGGACAAGGAAAGAUUGUUACCGCUAUCGACGUUAAAUCUAUUCAAAAACAUUAGUCAUUCGACUGGAGAGGUUGAUAGCAAGUUGAUAGCAUUUAGUAAUAUAAAUGGAAACAAAUUGCAAACUGAAAAUAGAUUGCAAGAUAAGAAGAGAUCCACGUCUGAGCAAGAUUUAAGUCUGAAUAUUACAUCGUCUCAGAGUGAGUCUGCUCUAAAGUUGAUAAAGACCAAUGUAACAAAUGUAACAAGUCCUGUGGCAACUACUGCCAAAGAUAUCUUGUCGCCUUUCUCGAAAUUUGCUAAAGGCGUGCAAAUUUUAGGAGCAAAUUUGGAUCCUAGGAAGCUGAAGACAGGGCAGGUAGGAGUGUCGAGAAAUCUCUCAGACCAUCACGUAGAACAGCAACGAAAAUUGCAAGAAAGAUGGAAUUCGUGUCAAUCCAAGCUGAUAGCUUUAUAAUUUUUUGGAAGAUAGUUGGAAAUCUGAAUGUCUAAUAGCAGAUAAAGAAUUAAAAAUCACGCCAUUUAGAGACUUUUGCAUAGGAAGUUUCUGAACAUUUGUUUUUGUUACUCUUUAGUAUUUUCUAAAUCACGUCAAACAUCUUGACACACGUCUUUGAACAUUUUUCAUUGUUUUUCGAGUUUCAAUUACUGCCAUCUUGCUAACAAAAAUUUCGUGCGAAAGAUUGAUCGAUAAGAUACUCUCUAUGUAUUCUUUCACGUGAAAAAAUCUACAAAUUAUUUCCCAAAGUACAAUGUGGUCAAUAUUUAAUCUGCAACAAAUCCACUUGUGUCUACUUACAAAGAAAUUUUCUAUUAUUCUACAUCAAUGGAAGCCUACAUGAACUGAUUAUUAUCUAUUUGCUAUGCUUUCGGCAUAUUUGUAUGAAAUUUUGAUCGCGACAGCCUUUUUAUGGAUUUUACCAAAGAAAUCCUAGCGUUGCAUUUAGACAUUAGAAAUUGUGAAUUUAUCAAAAAACAAAAAAAAAAGAUAAAAAAAGAGAAGAAAAAAUACGUAUAUGCUUAUACAAUGAAAUUUAAUCCCAGUAUUCUUUGAAGCUCCAACGUUUGCUGUAUAAACAAAUUUUCUAUUUUUUAUGAUUUUAUUUAUUUGUAACAUAUAGAUAUAUUACAAACUUUUCAUUUUAUGAAUUUCUAAACUCUUGUGUACACGCAACUUGCAAAUAUUUGUAGACCAAAAAUUUGUUCAUGCAGCAAGCUGAAUGAUGAAGCUUUGUAGUCAAUUAUGUACAUAUAAAGAAUUACCUAAAGUUAGUAGUUUAAUGAAACAAUGUUACUAUUGCUGGUUCAAAUAAAGCAGCACGUUAAUACAUAAUAACAAGAUGGGUUUUGCGAACGUGGGUUUUUUCUGAAAAUAUGUAUAAUGUGUAGACUAGUAAUUAUUGUAAAGUCUAGACAUUUAACAGUAAUAUACUAGCAAGUAAAUUACUAGUAUAUUACUAGCAAGUAAUAUACUAGCAAGUCUUAGAAUUACAAACAAAAUCAAGAAACAGAAAUAUUGAUUAAAUUCAAAAAUUAUUUUAGAUAUACAAAAAAAAGAAAAAGGUGCUUUGUUUAUGACCUAUUCUGUUUUCUGUAUAAUUUUGCAACGAUUGAAACAUACAAAUGGUUCCAGAAAAAGAACAAUCACAGUAUUCGUACACGUGCACAGUAUUAUGCAUAUUACAUUUAACGAAAAAAAUAAGAAAAACAGUAUGUGUUGUUAUCUAAUAUUCUAUGUAUGGCGAUUUAUAUGAUAUAUAGACUAAACGACACGAGUUACAAGUUUAGAAUUCCUUGUGUGUACAUAUGAGUAAUUUAAUUAAAUUAUGAUGAUAUUCUGUAAACUAUUCAUAAUUGCACUGACACGUUAGUAAAAGUAUUGCAACAUAAGAGUUUUUCUAGUAAAUGUUUUUUCCCAACUGCAAAUGGAUAGUCUGUGAUAUAUAAUCUAACAGAUUGGACACAGCCUAAAAAAGAUAAAAAAAUAGAGAAAAAAUUAAAAAAAAAAAGUGAAAACAAGGAUGUGUCGAUUCUGUAGAUUCUUUAGAGAUGCUUUGAAAUGAAUACAAAAGACAGAACUGUUUUUCACUAGCUCUAGCAAGAUUCGAGACACAAAUUUUAUGCUCAUUUAUUCAUUCUAGGUAUAUACACCUAGACUAGCUUAUUUUUAAUAUAAUUUUAUUUUUUAAUCCAUAAGAUAUUUAUUUAUCGAUGCAGUAUUAAAGAAGAAAAAAAACUGAAGAAAACAGAAGAUCCAUAUAUAUAUAUAUAUAUAUA